GUUGUAUAUAAUGAACAAUAAAAUUAUAUACGUAUUCAGUCCCCAGUUCAUACUAGCGAGUUUGUUUUAGUUGCCUCUCAAAUUUCAUUGGUGAAAGGACGUCCGUCUGCUUCUGUGUUUCGUUUUUAACAUGAAUGAAACUUACUGCGUGGACCACUCGUAAUAACAACUGUUUAUCUAUAGAGCUGAUUUAUUUGAAGUGAAAAUGUUCCGGACGUCUGCAACUCUUACUUUUUGUUUCUUUUACAUUGUAUGCGUCUCAACCAAUUUAAGAUCGAUUGCACUUGACGACGACCUAAGGUAUGAAAAACUCAGAAUAAAAAAUGUUUUGAAAGAGUCAACACCAGAUCUCUUAGCACUAUCUGUGAACGAAUUCGGCUUCAAAUUGUCUAAGUUAAUGAUGAAAAAUGGUAAUAACAGUGACAACAUUGUUAUAUCACCAACAGGAAUAUCUGGGUUACUUGCGAUGACGUUAUUGGGUAGCGUCGGUGCCUCCUAUCAGCAACUCGCCAAGGUUCUUGGAUUUUCCGAAGAUCUAAAAAUAAACCGCGAAAACCACGAACAGUUCGGUGACUUAUUGAGGACAUUGAGCUCACAAGAGCUGUCCAGUACGACCCUGUAUGCGGACGCUAUUUUCACGGACAGUAGCUCCUCAUUGCGACCGGCAUAUCGCUCCUAUCUGCGGAGGGUCUACGACGGAGAGGCGUUAAGUGUUGAUUUCAAACAAAACGUUGAAGUCCAGAUGUUGAUUAAUGAAUGGGUGAGUAAUCAUACAAACGAAAAGAUUCCCAAGUUCCUGCAACAGCCCCUACCCACGGACACUAAGGUCGUUCUGUUGAGCGCGUUGUACUUCGCUGCACAGUGGAAACAUCCGUUCAUGCCAGAGUUCACUAAAAUGUUACCGUUUCAUACUCCUAAUGGCACCGUGAUGGUAGACCAAAUGUUAAACAUGGGAAGUUUCUCGUAUAUCAAUUCUCACGACGAUGGUUUGCACAUGAUAGCCUUUCCUUACAAUGACAGUAUGAACACGAUGUAUGCCAUACAGCCUCGUCGACCUCAUAAAACGAAACUAUCGCAAUUAUUGGAAAAACUCAAUUACACCCAUAUAAAUAAUCUCAUCGAGAUGAUGUCCGAACGGAAAUGUAUCGUCAGAUAUCCCAAAAUGAGCAUUCAAAGUAACGAAAAAUUAGAAGAUUACCUGCAGAUGCUUGGGGUUAAAACAAUAUUCUCACCUGAAGAAGCUAAUUUCGCACUUAUGAUUGACAGUAAUCCAUAUUUAAAUAAGACUGAAGAAGAGUUAAUAAGCCGAUUUAAUACCGGUGAAGGGGGAAAGAUAGAAGAGAGAGAAGAAAAAUCCCUGAAAGAAAUCGUUGAUAGACUUCCUAAUCCCGGAAUAUACAUAAAUACAGUUUUACAUGACGUGAGAAUAAACAUAAAUGAAUAUGGCACGGAAGCUGUUGCGGUUACGAGUGGAAUACUAGCACGUACUGCAGAACAGUUCUACGCAGAUUCUCCGUUCUAUAUGUUUAUUAGAAACGAAAAGACUAAACUAGUGACAUUCAGUGCAAUUAUAUUUGAUCCAACUUCAUAACCAAUAAUAGUUAUAGCACUUCAUAAUAAUUUUAUGUGGACGGUUA